AGCUGUUGCAAAAAUUAGCAGAUUUUUUUUUAUGCCUCCUUGAUGCUCUUUCACAUUUCAAUUCAAGUCUCAAAAAAGCCAUUAACUUCACUUCAUAUGUGAUCCGAAUGCAUCAACGAUGGACCCGAUAACCCGAACUCUACCUCCACCCUCAUCUCUAUCCACGUCAGUCGUUUCUUUCCUCAACGGUAAACUCAACGCAAAAGAAGACCUUGAACAGGCUCCGGCUCUACUUUCGGAGCUCCGAAGUCAGUGUCAUGCUCUCGAUCAAAGCCUUUCGGAUCUAAAUACACAGCUCCGUAGCUAUCUCAUUAACCACGCUUCACAUUCGGAUCGAACUGGUGUUCUUCUCCGAGAUAUAGAUGCCAAAUUAGGAGAUCUUCACUUAGCUUCUUCCUCUUCUUCAUCAGAUGGAGGAUCAGGGAAGGUACUGGGAGAGGAGCUACCGGCAUUGGCUAAGGAGGUUGCUAGGGUUGAUACUGUGCGAACAUAUGCAGAGACGGCAUUGAAGCUUGAUACUUUGGUUGGUGACAUCGAAGAUGCUGUCUCGUCCACUGUGAAGAGAACUCUGAGGAGAGAACCAUCGACAAAAAGUUCAGAAGAGAUGCGGGUUGUUGCCAUCAGAACACUAAAGUUAACUGAAGACACACUAAGAUUAGUGGCAAAAACACAUCCUCAGUGGACACGACUUGUGUCAGCAGUUGAUCAUAGAGUUGAUCGAUCUCUAGCCAUUUUAAGACCUCAGGCUAUUGCAGAUCACAGAUCCCUUCUGACUUCCCUUGGCUGGCCUCCACCUCUGUCCACUUUAAAUUCCUUAGGCCCAGAGUCAAAGGGGUCAACUGAUGUCCAGAAUCCACUUUUCACAAUGAAAGGGAACCUUAAACAACAAUAUUGUGAAAGUUUUCUAGCAUUGUGCAGUCUGCAGGAACUGCAGCGGCAAAGAAAAUCUCGUCAACUUGAGGGACAGAAUAGAGAAAUUGCGUUGAACCAGCCACUUUGGGCCAUUGAAGAGCUUGUCAAUCCUAUAUCAAUUGCAUCUCAGCGCCACUUCUCCAAGUGGGUUGAUAAACCAGAGUACAUAUUUGCCCUUGUAUACAAGGUGACUCGGGAUUAUGUUGAUUCCAUGGACGAGUUACUGCAGCCACUGGUGGAUGAGGCGAUGCUGUCAGGUUACAGUUGCAGAGAAGAAUGGAUCUCAGCUAUGGUUACUUCUCUAUCAACGUACUUGGCAAAAGAAAUAUUUCCCAUGUAUGCUAGUCAGCUGGUGGAUGAAGAUGGCACAAGUGGAAUGCACUCGCAGGCUAGGAUAUCCUGGCUCCAUCUUAUUGAUCAGAUGAUAGCAUUUGAUAAGCGAGUCCAAAAUCUUGCUUCACACUCGGGUAUCUUGUUUUCUUUGCAGGAAGAUGGAAAACUAGAGAAACUUUCAUCAUUUUCUGUAUUUAUUGACAGGCCUGAUUGGCUUGACUUGUGGGCUGAUAUAGAGCUUACUGAUGCAUUUGAUAAAUUGAAACCUGAGAUUGAGAAUGAAAGAAGUUGGUCGACGCAAAUUCGUGGAGUUUCUGUUCUAUCAGCCCAAGAAGACAGCAAGUCUCCAGCGAUUGCCAGUGCCUUUCAUCAGCGUUUUUCGUCUGUUAUUGAUCGUUGUCGAUCACUGCCUAGCAUACAGUUGCGUUCAAGAUUUUUGAAAUUGAGUGGGGCACCAAUAAUACACAGGUUUUUGGGCUGUUUGCUUUUCAGGUGCCAAGAAGCUGAAGGGUUAACUGCCUUGACAGAUAAUGAUGCUUUGAUGAAAGUUGCUAAGUCUGUAAAUGCUGCACGUUAUUUUGAGUCUCUUUUAAAGGAAUGGUGCGAAGAUAUCUUUUUUCUUGAGUUGGGGCUGGACCAGGUUACUCAGUUGGACACAUCUACGGAUGGAAAUGGUUUUGGUUUAGAGGAAUCGUCUGGAAAUGGAAUUCUUUAUGAAGAAAUAAGGAGGUUGGAGGAAUUUAGAACAGGGUGGGUUGAGAAGCUGUCUACGGUUGUUUUGAGGGGAUUCGAUGUUUGCUGCAGAGAUUAUCUAAAGAACAAGAAGCAGUGGCAGGAAAAAGGUGAAGAAGGGUGGAUGGUAUCCCAGUCUUUUGUUGGGGCAUUAGAUUAUCUGCAAGGAAAGAUGUCAGUACUUGAAGAAGGUUUGAACAGAAUGGACUUUGUUGGGGUCUGGAGAAGUUUGGCCCCUGGGCUAGACAAGUUAAUUUUUAAUGGUAUUUUGAUGACCAAUGCUAAGUUUUCUGACGGCGGAGUUGAGAGGCUUAGCAAUGAUUUGGCAGUUUUAUUCGGGGUGUUUGGAGCUUGGUGUUUAAGACCUGAGGGUUUCUUCCCCAAAUUGAGUGAAGGUCUGAAGCUAUUGAAAAUGGGAAAGAAGCAGCUCCAGAAUUGUUUGGUAGGAGGUGAAAUAUGGUUAAAAGAGAACAAGAUAAGACAUUUGACAGCAGCCGAGACAGAAAAAGUAGCGAAGAAUAGGAUAUAAAUCUUGUCCCAUGUAUAAGUUUUAGUUUUGGAAUAUUCCGGUAAAGUUUUACCAAAUUCAGUAUAGAAACAUGGAGUAUUCGGUUUUGAUUCUCAUAGUUUUAAUUAUGCUCACAUUUUCUUCA